AUGACCGCCGACAUUGCCCGUUCUGUUCCCUCUACGCCCCAGCCGCAGCGACUCUUCUCACCCCAAGAACAUGAUGACGAGAAUGACUUGAGCACCAUCCCCGACCCUAGGAGCAGGGCGAUGAGCCCUGCAGACCCCGAAACCAUGGCCGCCCCCCACCAUCCCGAUCUCGACCAGGAGGUCGCAACUUUGAGCACCAAGCUCAUCAACGCCAUCAACCACCAGACGACUUUGGACGAUAAUCUCUCUGCGACGAGGUUGGAAUUGGAAAAGGCCCGCGAGCAGGUUCGGCAGUUGGAAGUCCAGGUGGCCGAGCAGAGGGAGAUGCUGGCAGGGGACGUUUGGGUUCGAAGGAAAACCGUCGAGGCCGAAAAGAGCCAUCUUCUGGCGCGUGUGGCGGAGGAGAAGCGGGCGCGUGCCGACGUGGAACAGCAGAAAAAGAAGAUUGAGCAGGAACUGGAGAACUUGACGGCUGCUCUCUUUGAAGAGGCUAACAAGAUGGUUAUCUCGGCCAAAGAGGAGGCUCGAAGAGAACAGGAAGUCCUUCAGCGCAAGAAUGAUCAGCUGAAAUCCCAGCUUGCCGACACGGAAGCCAUUCUUAGGUCGCAACAGGAACAGCUGGUCCAGCUGAAGAACGUUAUGGAGCAGAUGACGGCAGCGAAUGAGGAGCAGGCUCCCCCUACCUGCCCAUCGUCACCGACCUUCAGCAAAUUCGAGGACUGCGAUGGUCCCGCUACCGUGAACCACCCGCACCACACCCAUAGUCAGAGUCUCCCGGCUACGCUUUCGCCGUCAUACCCAACCAGCUUCACGCAGCUGCUACACCCGGUCCUUCGCACAGACUUGGCGGCAUUCCGGGAUUUCAAGGAUCUUGUCCAAACAUCGAAGCGGCUCUCGUCCCAGCGCACUCCUUCGAAUGCUUCAAACUCUGGAUUGGUCUCACUUGGGCUCGGUCUCGGGUCUGUGGCGUCCCAUGUCACGGCGGGCAACCUGUCCAGUACAUCUCUUGCGACCAAUGCCACCGCCGGCUCGCCGGCGACCUCGCCGCAGACGCCAAAUACCCCCGCUUCCACCGUGAGCACAACCUCUUCUGCCGCCGCGCCUGUCCUGCCCCAUUUGAAGGAGACCAAGUUCUACAAGAGGGUCUUGACGGAGGAUAUCGAGCCGACCCUUCGAUUGGACAGCGCGCCUGGCCUUUCUUGGCUCGCUCGCCGGAGCGUAUUGACUGCCAUGACGGAAGGAACAUUGGUUGUUGAGCCCGCGCCGUCCACGACCACUGGCAGAUUUGGCAGAAUCAUGAGACCUGAAUUGAUCCCAUGCUCUCUAUGCGGCGAGCAGAGGACUGAAGAGCAGUAUCUUCGGACACAUCGUUUCCGCACCAGCGAGUCCGACUCGGCACAAAACGCAUAUCCCCUUUGCAAAUACUGUCUUGGUCGGGUUCGGUCCACUUGCGAUUUCCUCGGGUUUUUGCGUAUUGUGAAGGACGGCCAUUGGCGUGCCGAGGACGAGGAUGCUGAACGGGCCGCUUGGGAGGAGAGCGUUCGGUUGAGAGAUCAGAUGUUCUGGAGCCGCAUCGGAGGUGGCGUCGUGCCUGGAGGGCAUGUUCACCGAGGAGUCUCCAGUGUUGCGCCUAGCAUCCGCGGCGAGAGAAGCCCGAGGCCGAGCCACGAAAUCUCGGAGAAGUUUGCAGAUGUACCCGAGGUUCCCGAACCUGUCGACGCGGCCAAAGAGCUGCCCAAAACGCCUGAGCAGCGCCCCGCAGACGAGACGCUGCCUGUUCCUCAAGCGCCACCUGCGCUUGACAAAGUCGAGGAGGUUGACGACGACAAGACACCACCUGCCGUGGUCGAGGACGACUCCAAAACACCCCCGGCGGCGAUCAAGGACGAAAAACCAGCACCCGCAGUGGAAGAGUCUCAGAUCCCGCCACCAGCCCUUGAUGAGCCUGUCCAGUCCCUCAAGCCGCAACCAUCUGUCCAACAAGUCGAGGUUAAGCCUCUGUCUUUGACGAUACCCUGA